CCACUCGCGCCGCCGUCGACCGCCGCUAGAAAGGGGCCCCAGAAAGCAGCCGACAGCCCCAGACGAAAGCUUUCUCGCUGUCCAGCCAGGGCGGGUCACGCAGUGGGGAGAGGAUGGCCACCUCCCAAAAGGCGUGCGACGAGCUCCUGCGCGCCCCCGUGCCCGCCCUGGCGACGACCCUGCAGCGCUACCUGGAUUCCCUGGUGGCCGUCGUGAGUCCCGCCCAACUCGAGGCCACCCGGAGGAUCGUCAGGGACUUCGCCGGAUCCUCGGCCGAGCAGGGACCUCCGCGGGACGACGGCGAGGGAGCCGCGUCGGCCCCCGCCUCCGGGGCCACAAAAACGGCACCACUGGGGCCCCUGCUACAAGAAAAGCUCCGACUGUUCGCGUCCUCCAGGGACAACUGGGUGACGGAGCUCUGGCUGGACGACAUGUACCUCAAUAACGACCAACCGCUUCCCGUCAACUCUUCUCCGUUCUGUCUCCUUCCCAAGCAAAACUUCAGGACCUCCGCAGAGCAAGCUAGGUUUGCGGCACGCUUCAUUGAAUUCGCGGUGCUUUUCAAACGAAAGAUCGACAACGGAACCUUACGGCCGGACGUGAGUCGCAGCCGAGGCGGCGGGCAGCAGCCCCUGUGCAUGCAGACGUACCGACACUUCUUCCCGGCCUACCGAAGGCCGGGCCCGAACAAGGACGACCUCCUACUGGACACGGCCAUGCAACAGCAAGACCACGUCAUCGUCGUCUGCCGAGACCAGUUCUUCCGGCUAAAACUGCCACUGGACAAAGAAGAACUGGACACGGAAGCCAUCGUCGAGCAGCUCCUGAGCAUCAAGCGGCGAGCCAAGGACCCUUCGGAAAGACAGCCGCCCGUCGGGAUCCUCACAACGGAAAACAGAAGAACCUGGUCCAACCUCUAUCUCAAGCUCUCUCGGAGCAACGUGAACCAGUGCUCGCUGCAGUCCCUGGAGACGUGCCUGCUGGUGGUGUGCCUGGACAGGCCGCUCAACCUGCGGCGCCACUACGCCACGAUCCGGCGCGAGUCCUUCACCCUGGACUGGGCCGCCCAGGCGGCGCACCUGCUGCACGGCGAGAGCAACACCCCGGGCGAAGGGAAUGCCGCAAACCGCUGGUACGACAAGUUCAUGCAGAUAGUCGUCAGCCGAGACGGAGUCAACGGUCUCAUUAUCGAGCAUUCGGGCUCCGACGGCGUCACGGUCCUCAGGUUCUGCGAGGAAUUCCUCGACUUCGUGCAAGAACAUUCGGUAUGCUCAUCAGCCCGAAGGGGGAGUGGGGACACAUCUCUGUAUCCGGUGUCGAGGCUCAGCUGGGACCUGAAUGAGGACAUGCUCAGAACCAUCCAGGAGGCCAGCAAGUCGCUCGGCAAAUUGGCAGAAGACGUGGAUCUAUACGUCCUCACCUUUCAAAACUACGGCAAAGACUUCAUCAAGGCACAGAAAAUAAGCCCGGACGUCUUCAUACAACUGGCCCUACAACUAACGUACUACAAGGUGCACCGGAAGCUGGUGUCGACGUACGAGAGCGCCUCUCUGCGCAAGUUCCACCUGGGACGCGUGGACAACAUCAGGGCGGCCACGUCCGAGGCUCUCACCUGGAUCCAGGCCAUGUGCGACGCUGUGCCGGCUUCGACAGUGAACGGGGAAGGUCCCGAUAACCACCUGCUGGGACUUCGCGAGAUGGCCAGGCUACACGAAAAGACGGUCCCGCUCUUCGAGGACAAGUCUUACGCCGACUUCCUCCGCUUCCGGCUGUCGACCAGCCAGCUGGCCACAGAGAAAAGCAUCCUGGUGGGCUACGGUCCCGUCGUGCCGGACGGCUACGGCUGUUCCUACAACAUCUGCCCGGCGCAUGUGGACUUCUGCGUGUCCUCUUUCUUCAGCUCGCCGGAGACGUCGUCCGACUUCUUCGCGCUCUCGCUCGAAGGUAGUUUGCUCCAGAUGCGGGAACUCUGCAUCAAGAGGGCCCAGAAGGACGCCGAAAACAACGCCGUCCUUCCUCCCACAGCGAGUUGAAAUUGCUGUUCGAUUAGGUAGCCUUGGGUUUUGUUGACAGCGCCUGGAACGCGUCUCCGAACGGUGUCUUUGCCGCCUCAAAUUUUCGGCUGGUGGCGUCACGAUUGUGUGUAAUUCUGCGGACCGACGCGAUCCUGGCGGGUGCACGGCUGUGAUGGUGAACACGGCAGAUGUCCGUUCUGUUGUAGUUCGCUCUGCAGCCCGCCAGUCGACGGAAACUACGGCUGUCAUUGGCUGGCUUCACAGAAGGGUGUAUGCGUACGGCUGCUCUCUUCAAAUCGGGCUGCUACUUGCGCCAUCUAGCCAGUGUUUUGAAUAGUAUUCCUGUCACACUAAUACUUACAAUACUGGUGAUACUUACAACAUCGUCAAUUAACUUACAUCUAAUAUACAAAGCAAUAAUGUAAAGCCUUUUAAUAGUAAUCCUGCUAAAAUUACGAUUUCAUACCGUGACGACAGCGAUGUUUGAGUCCGCUCGUCUGCUUCGACUGAAUUUUGACAACAAACCGCCAGGAUCACGACAAUUCGCAGCUUUGUCUGGCAUCGCCAUGGCGUAUUUUUUCGCCGGAUUUAAAAUAUACUGAAGUGAUAGUAUAACGCGCUAAAAAAACUAAUCGGAGACGCGUUCUAGGCGCUAAAUAGUUUUGUGAACGAUGUUUUUGUCCCGACAGCCUCGUAGACUCACAAACAAAAUCAAAUCAAUUUAGGAAGGCGAUAUAUGAAAUUGUUAUCAAACAACCUAUUACGAUGCAUUACUAAUUCUGACCGCGGCGAGCGUGAACAGAACAGAGUGUGGCGCAGUGUAUCACUAGUGCCAUCCAACGAAUCGGAGAAGAGGUUGUUCCACGGCAUAGCAGAUGACAAGGAGGCAAGAAUCAAGCCAUUGUCUGCUCAGGUUUGUUUAUCCAGUCACUCGACCUGCGCUCAUACAGGUUUCCCCAAGCAGUCCCCAAAUGCUGGCACAAAGCGCCAAGUUCUCUUCUGCUCCCACUUGCAUUGACAAUGGCUGCAAACACAGUCACACACGCGACAUAAGAUAUCCAGGUCAUACAAGCCGGCACUAGUGCAAUUGCAGAGGCGAGUCAGUUUAUUUUUCUUUCGUGCAUGACUAGGCAUGUUUCUGUCUCUAGCACUGAAGUCUUGGGACUAGAAAUAUUCCAAGCGUACAAUAGGCGGCGUUGUUUUUGGUAUAUCGCUCAAGGAAUGUUAUGACCAGGAUACAAAUAGCCGUGAGUACAUCCAGCUGAUUCCGCGUCAAUCAACCUAGAUGGGCAGCACCGACCAGCUUGCGUUAGAUAAACCCGGUUUACAAUGGAGUUAUUAAGGUACACCAGAAACAGGAUUUACUAGCUUAGUGAAGGAACUCUUCAACCAAAAUGCUGGUACGUUCAACGUGCUUUCAGCUGAGAGGUCACUGGACCGGUCUCGCUCCUCGAUGCAAUCAGUCAACAUUUCACAUCAGGCAUCAUCAGAAAGUGAUGUAGGCUGCAGGAGCGAGUAAACUCCACCGGAUUUUGUUUUUGAUUUGACAACGACCAUUCUAGGAACGCUACACUGUUCCCUGUUAAAUAACCACACACAAAAAAAUGCGAAGAGGCUAACGAGACUAGUGACACGUCAAUAACUUUACCGUCAAUUUAAGCUCAUUACAAGAUACGACGAAUUAAAACAUUUAGUAUGUAGAUGCCGGUGCUUAUCUUUCCCCGCACAGCUUUCGUCUAUGCAGAAAAGCUAGCUUGCCCCGGUCGAUAUGAUAAUCUUUCAGUCAUCCGUUAAACGUCUGAGGGAAUCGACCAUCGCGAGAUGUUUUCUGUUAGUGUCUACGAAAGAAGGUGUGCAUGCUAUAUUAUUCGUCGUUUGCGUAAUCAACGUGGCCGCCAGGCCACCUUCGAGCUUAACAAUAGAAAAGCGAUUUCCAUCGACGGCAGUCCGCUCCGAGAUCGAUUGGUUGAAAACGGAACUCGACGAUUCUUCAGGCGUCGUACACGGACCAAAAAUGGUCAUAAACGUCGACCCCAAUAUGAUCCAUAACGAUUCAUUUCUCGUAGGCUCCUCUCAGACCUAAUUUAUCUCAUCUAGUUUAUACCAACUAAUGUCACGAACCAAAGUUAAGAAGAAUUCGAUUGCAAUUAUUCCCUUUCCAGAUACACCAGAAGUCAAGUCAACACGUCAUAAGUUUACGUGGCAUCAUAAAAUUUAGGAGCAAGCAGAUAGAUAAUAAAAACAGACGGUAAGUUUUCUAGUACGCCAUCUCAAAGAUUGUAAAGUGAAGAAGUAGGAACUUCAAAAUGCCUUACAUCUAGCGUUUGCUGCGAGGUAGAACAUCGCCUGCAGAAAGACGUUGCAUGUAACUUCGAGACAUAUCAUUUGUCAAAACGUAGACUUACAAAAUUGAGUGUUCUCCUCUGCACUAGGAUGAGGGAGGAUUCAAGAGAGUCAUAUCAACUAGUCGUCACUCGUGAAGACUAAAGCUCGCUUCAGAUCGGUGGCUAAGAGUGCUACCGAUCUUGUUGAGAGCUGCCACGGGUGUAGUCAUGUAUAAGUAAAGUAUACACACUCUAAAAAUAAAACGCUCGAGUAAGCGCAAUAACUUAAUCGCGCAAUUUGCGUUUCGACGUUUUCAUGAAGACACGAACGCUGUUAUAAUAGUAUGCAUGCAUUUGGAAAGGUAGUGAGUUCAUCUUUAUUCUGAAUUCACCGUUGUGUCCGAAACCUUUCGUUAAGAAUCAGUGCCGACAUCAAUACCAGUGUACGCAGCUGUCUUACUAACUACGCCGAGUUUCUCCUAAGAAAGGAGACCUUUGCUUUCGUUUUGAAAGAUUUAAAAACCUUACAAGUGCGUCUCAGGGUUCUACGACAGUCACAGCAUCAACUUAGAAAGAAAAACGUGACUUCCACUUUUGCACAAACGCUGGCUGAGAAAUCGAAUGUGCGCUCCUUAUUCUGUGAAUAAUUAAGACCUGCAAUAGUUUAAAGUGAAUUGUCAAUUUUUUCUUCGUAUUUUUUUUUAUUUUUUUAACGAGCUUUGCGUUUCAUGUUGUUGAAAUAAUACUCUACCUACCCAGCCCUUACUUUCGUUCACGCAUGCACGCGGAAGCUUGCGAUAGCCAUUACGGGUUACAAACUUACGUUCCUAGAUUUAAACGGGGAUCCCGAUUCUCCGAGAGAAAGUACAACGGAAAGCGGCUUAUGUGUCACGUGUUAGGUUUGUCUCGUCAUUGAACGUUUAUUUUUUGUCGUUAUCAAGGUGCCCUUUUUAACUAUUUGUUCGUUACGCGAGUACAUAUACGAGCUUAACUGUGGUUAUUGACGCUGGGUUUGACGGUUCAACAUACCCGUGUGUAAGCUGGCUCGUCACCCUGCAAGUGUCAAUAUAAGCACAUUCUCAACCAAUCCCUCGCCGUCACCUAGCGUGGCUGCUCAAGAAGCACGAGGGCGAACGCCCAACUACUAGGGAGUGAUUCACAAAACUGAUAUAUGUGAUUCAAAGAACUGUUCACAAUAACUUACUUUUUUUUCUCUAACUGAGGGAGAGAAAGGGUUGAGAUUAUUUAUUCUUAGUCACUUUAUCUUCUGCUCAUUUUUUUAACGGUGUACCACACUGCCCCUCGUAGGUCACCCGGCAAGUGUGAAGGCUAGUCAUAUGCGUACUACACAUAGUUCUGCGUUUGGUUCUCCAAUUACCGCGAACAUGUAUAUGAGUUCGAUACCCGUCGAUACCUUGAAUUCAUAACAUCGUUUGUUAAGAUCCCUCACCUUUCCAACCGGUUGAUGCUGGUGAGUGAAAUAGAAGUCAUUUUGAGUUGUUCCGCGAAGCAUGUAUACGAAGGCAACCGGCGUCGACGGUGCUUUCGCUGCUCGGGCACGAUCUAAGCACUCACGCGCAAUUGAAGCAUCAUCGAAACUAGUUGCAGAACUUGCGCCGCGAGCAAGAAGUCUGAAAAACAAAAAUCACCCUAUCACUUACCAGCAACGCGUUUCGUGUGUUUCUCACAGGCAGCUCCGUGUCUCUAACGGGCAUCUUUACGUGAUCUAGUCUGUCAGAUUUGUAUAUAUAUAUACAUAUAUAUGACCUUCUAUUGUUUAAUUGUUCUUCUCAAAUAUGUUAUGUACAUUUGUUACUGGUAUGUUCGUAGGUUAGGAAGUUCCUGGCUUUCUGUGGACAGUUCGAUUGUACAGGUUGACACUUGGAUCUCAGUCCAGGAUGUACUACUAGUCCUUCCUUCAUGUGUUGUCUGUAUAAUCUGUACGUCUGUGGGUGAGUGUGUACGUACUUCUGUCGUCAUUCCUGUGGCGCUAGUUGAAUUCGGCUGGCUGGAUGAUGGCUACAUCCGACGCUUCCUCAAACACUCGUUGCUCGCCCGAAGUCAGCAUCUUGCUUACUGUGCAGAGCGAAAGUUUGUCUGCUUCUUGCACAGCGAUUGCAGUGUCGUCAGAACGAAGCCAAGCUCUGAUUGGCUCCGAUUGAAGGAUAGUGGGUAGGCCUCGAGGUCUACCCACUAUCCUUCAAUCGGAGCCAAUCAAAGCUCAGCGUUCUGACGUCACCAUAACCUCCGCAAAAGAAGCGGACGAACUUGAUCUCUGCACAGUCAUCGACAGCUUAAAAAAUGCAGGUUAUGGCUUAGUACGUCCGCUCUUCUUGCUUCCUGAUUGGCUCUUCUGCUUUCUCGUUGGCCAAUGCCUCAAUCUCAUUGGCUGCGGGGCGAUAAUGAAUUGCUCGGGACUUACCAGGCCAUGCGUCUCUUAAGUUGUCAGUCACUAUGCGGAGAGCAAGUCGUCUGCUUCUUGCGCAGGAGUUAAGGUGACGUCAGGAAGACGUCGAGCUCUGAUUGGCUCUGAUUGAAGAAUAGGAAGCAGACCUCAAAGCAAGCUGCCUCGAGGUCUACCCACUAUCCUUCA